CCUACUCUAAUUGCAAAGAAAAACCGAGCGUAGCAUUACACAGCAUCGCUAAGGGCACUGACAUCGCAACAUAGCAUCCUGCAAAUAAGGCAGCGUGGGUUCUACUGUACUGAGAUCUCACUGCCGUAUGCAGACACGCACGCACACGGACCCUCUAGCCUCUUGUGGAAGUCUUACCAGUCACCUUGCAGGAGCUCUGUGGUAAAAUCACCUGUAGAAGGUGCUCUAAGUUAGGAAAAUACUCACUCUGGGCCCUGGAAUAUGAAAAGAAGGGCCAGGAGACUGGAUUGAUAUUUUAAAGAAAUAAAAACAGGCACUGAUUAUCUCCACAGUGGUGCCAGCAACCUGGAUUUUUAUUAAAUAAUCAACAGCAUCCAGAGUACGGGGCACCUGCUGUUGUCCUACAAAAAACUUCCAGAAUCAAGAACCUGGAUAACUGUUGACAGAAGAAAAGUAUCCAGAGUACGAGGCACCUGCACAGCGUUACACACACAUGGUGGUGUAUACUGAUAAUGAAGAUGAGCAGGAAUGGUGAUAUUUAGACAGACAUGUGAAGAGCAGGUUAUUUCUAUCUGGCCAGCUGACUAGGCCAACGCUGUUCUAGUAGAAGACUCACUGAGAGAGAAAGAGAGAGAGAUUAACCAGAGGGUAUAAGACAAGUGUGCUUGGAUUUCAUAAAGAUUCUUCUACUUGCUUCGAGCUCUCAGAGUCCAGAGAAGUACAUACAGAAUAGCGGUUAACUGACAGACUCAAAUGCAGCAAGUUUGUGACAAGGCUUUCAAAGUUUUUAUUCAUUUUCUUGCCAGUUUAAAUAGUAUUUGGGUGGUGGACACUACUAUUUCAACCAAGCAUUGAACUUUGCAAUGUUGUGAAAGAGAGAGAUGGUGACAUCUCAUUCGCGAAAUUCGAUAAAUUUGUCAGUUCAGUGCAGGUUUUACGUGAGAGUAUCUCAGGGAUCGCCUCUGUUGAAUAUGAAAGUGAAAGUGCCUUGUCAUAUUAGUGAAGACACAAGGUUGUAUUCAGUAUUAUGCAGAUUAGCUAUGCACCGCUUCAGUACGUAUGCACACGCAUCACGAUCUAUCGCAACUGUCGCAUAGACCUCCGUCUGUGCAGGACGAUACACUAUGGCAGCCAGUGCGCAGCGGGGAGAUACCUGCCGCCUGACACUGCCGAACCGUGUGGAGCGAUUCAUUACGGCUUUUGUAGUGCUGUGACGUCAUUGCCGUUACAUUACGUUAGCAGUAACAAUGUCAGCAGUAACAAUGCUAGGAAUAAAGCACAAAGACGAGAGGCAGUUUUGGAGGCUGAUGAGAUUGAUUACAUUGUGUUCAAGGAACAAAAAGAAAAAGAAAGAGAAAUCAAGGAACAGGAGAAAGACCAGAAGAAGACACAGCCCCAUUCUCAACCAGCACAAUCUCAAUCUCACCAAACACAAUCGCUGCAGCACUCGCAGCAGAGACAUCCACGGUUACCUCAGUCCUCACGCGUACCUAAGUUUUACUUUCCCAUGGGACCGCCUGUGGCGCGGGAAGAGAAUGACGCCAUGCUGCAGAGAGUGGCCGAAGUUUUUUCUGCAGCAGAAGGAGCGAAGAUUUAUAAACAUCAGAUGGAGAUGGUGACUAAAGCCUGUGAUGUACCAUUCUAUUGGAAAAGUCUCAUAUUCAACUCAGCUGGAGGAGAUAAAUAUGGGUUUAUUACACUACAGUCUUUCACUGUUUUAUGGAAAAAACUUACUGCCAAUUGCCAUGACGAUGCAGCAAGAUUUGUCAGUCUUUUAGCAAAACCAGGGUGCUUUUAUCUGACUACAGAGGAGUUUGUGCCAUUAAUACAGGAUGUUGUGGACACACAUCCAGGGCUCACUUUUUUACAAGAUGCACCUGAAUUCCACUCUAGAUAUGUACACACAGUAAUAGCUAGGAUAUUCUACUGUGUAAAUAGAUCCUGGUCAGGUAGAAUAACAGUACACGAACUGAGGAGAAGUAGCUUUCUGCAGGUUUUAUCAAUAUUAGAAGAUGAAGAAGACAUCAACCAAGUCACAGAAUAUUUCUCCUAUGAACAUUUUUAUGUAAUCUAUUGUAAGUUCUGGGAGUUAGACAAGGACCACGAUCUCUACAUCAACAAGGAGGAUCUGGCCAGACACAAUGAUCAUGCAAUCUCUACACGGAUGAUAGACAGGAUUUUCUCUGGUGCUGUGACGAGAGGCAAGAACAUUAUGGAAGGCAAGAUGAACUAUACAGACUUUGUCUGGUUCCUGCUGGCGGAGGAAGACAAAAGACAGCCCACCAGCAUCGAAUACUGGUUCCGCUGCAUGGACCUGGAUGGGGAUGGCGUCCUCUCCAUGUAUGAGCUGGAGUAUUUCUACGAGGAACAGGUUCAGAAGAUGGAGGCAAUAGGAAUAGAGCCACUGCCAUUUGAGGACUGUCUAUGUCAGAUGCUGGAUUUAGUAAAACCAAGGGACACCACAAAGAUCACAUUGGGAGAUUUGAAGGCAUGCAAGCUGACACAUAUAUUCUUUGAUACUUUCUUCAACCUUGAGAAAUACUUGGACCAUGAGCAGAGAGAUCCAUUUGCCAAUGCUAGGGACCUGGACAGUGAAGGCCCAGAGGUGUCUGACUGGGACCGCUACGCCGCUGAGGAGUACGAGAUCUUGGUGGCUGAAGAGGGAGGCGUAGAGAACCCUGAUGAUAUUCAAUAUGAAGAUGACUUUGAACCAGAUGAGGAUGAACUUGUAGCACUGGAAGCAGAAAAACUCCAACUUUUGGACCCACCCAUUAAAAAGGGGAAGCCAGCGGGUGUCUCGGACAUAGAAGAUGACCUAUAUGACUUCACUAAUGAAGACCUGGGCUACUGACAAUGACACAGUUAAUUCAAGGUGAAGCUCUAGUAAGGUAGACCUGUAUGUCACAGUACUGGAUGGCAUUGCGAUUAAAGAUCCUGCUAUGAAAAAGUUCACAGUUGCAAAACUGUCUGACACUGAGGAUCGCCUUUACGGAAGAUUUGAGCAAUUGUUGGUCAAAUAAGAUCUCAUAAAUAAACAGUAAAAUUGAUACCUGUGAAGAAGAUGUCUGUCCUUUGUUACUUACACUUCAUAAACCUGUGAAGUUCUACAGAUGUUAACAAGGUAUGGAAUAGUAUAGAAUUUGUCCCACUUUACUAUGUAGACGUGUAGGAAUGAGCCUGUAAUUCUACAAAUCACUGUUGUUAACAUGACACAGAAUAGAGAUCUUUCCACUUUUCCACCUAAGACAUGAAAUGGUGGACUUAAAAAUGCUUACAAAAGAAAAAAUCACUUAUGUUGGAGGAUUAUCAUACUGCAAAAUUGCAAUCCUCAUGGACAAGAGCUUUGUAUGCACUGUACUCAUGGAUAAGUAUCAAGCAAUGAGUAAAAAGUACACUGUUGACAUCAAGCAUAAUGGGGUGUGCCCUGGAUCUUUGUGACCUCAGUCAUUUAUUUUAUGUAACAACAGGAAGGUAAAUAGCAGUGAAAAACUGAUUUAGUCAAAGAUGAAGAUGGCUAUCAAUAUGUCAAGCUGCAGUGAUGGCUUCAAGGUGUUAGACAGUCUAAAAACCAGAGCCACCAUUACCAACACUUGACUGGUUUAAGUGAUAUAAUGUAGCUGAGGGUGCAGCUACAGUGGUGCCAUCUAUGAUUGUGUUCAGGCCUGUAUGCCAAAGAUAAAAAUGGCUGUCAAGAAAGUGCAUGGCAAAGAUUUUUUUAAUGCGUGUGUCAAAAAUCUAGCCAAUUUAACCAAUGGUUACUUGAGUGGAAAGUAAUUAAAGAAAAAAAAAACAACGGGCAAUAUUGUAUAUCUCAUUAUUAGAUAAAUUAUAAAUCAUCAGCCCAUUUCUAUAGAAUUGUCAGCUUUGGAUAAGAUGGAAAGAACUGAUAUUAAGUUGAAAUUAAUUGUUUGAAUCUAAGAGAUAAAUGGAAAAAAGUUAGUAUUAAUUAUAUGGUGUUAUAACAGCAAACAUCUUAGAACUUAAUUAUUCUGAAUAACAUAAAACUAGACAGAACUCUGUCACCUGAAAGGUGAAAGUAUAAAAUGAAAGUGAUAAAAACAUGAAGUGGCCUUAAUCCCCAUAUCAGGUACCUUUUAUGCUGCUUAUUUCUUAAAAAUGCAUACAGCAGAUAUAGGAAAAACACCCUGUAGAGAGUUGAGAGUGGUUUGUAUACAGUAUACCAUCUUAAGUGCUGAAAUGUUCAUGGUCAUAGAUGAGAUAGUAACUUUAGGUGUCCAUGCUGUUUUUUUUUUUUUUUUUUUUUUCCUUUUUUCAUAGCCAAUACGUUUUUUUUUUUCUUUUUAUUUGUUGAUAUUUACUAAAAUGGUGACAGUUUGAUGAAAAUCAUUGCAUUUGUUAUUAUCAUAUUAUUAUAAUGAUAAUUAUUAGUAAAAUAUUUGAGCCAUUAUACAUUAUCCUUAAUUGAGGAAACCUACACAUGCUACCUUAAGCCUUAAAGAGGAAAUUCAAUUCUCAACAUGGAAUCCCUCUUUUUACCAUCCACUAUAGUUUUCAAAGUUUGAUAAGGUAAAAAUGAUAAUCAGGCUCAUUUUUACUGCCUUUCAUGUGGCGUUCAUUUUUGUAAAAUAUUGUUAUGUAUUACUUACCUUUAAACUUUGGUUAUGUUGUUGCAUUUGAAUGUUGAAUUGUUUUGUAAUGCAGCUAAUAUUUUUAACUGCAAGUUAGUGCAUAACUUGCAAGUAAUUUUUAUUUAUUUGUACUUGUCAUCAGUCAAACUAAGACAUCUUCAAGGUAGUAAGUUAUAGAAGAUGGUGCCAGUAUAUAUAUAGACAAUAUUGUGCAAAAGAUUGUUUUAAAGGAUAAUGUGUAACAAAAGGCAUUAUGUAAUUAUUCAGGGAGGACAUGAAAGAAAACGAGAAGUUUUAUGAGUAAUUGCAUGUAAUAUCUUUUAAUAUUGAAUUGAAAUUAUGACAAAGAUUGUAAGAUGUAAACUUUUGAAUUUAAGAUCUGUAGAAGUGCUGUAAUAAAGGUAUUCUGAAGGUUUGAACACUAUUAAUAACGUGAUCGAAAGCAAAAUGCUUGCUGUCAUACUUAUGAGGACUUCUGUUUUUGAAUAACUAAUGAGUUUGAAGUAAUUGUGUAAUAUUAAUAACUUAUUGAUGACAUCAUAAUUUAUUUGUGAUGUCAUACUGUAUAUGUGACAUCACAAAUUUUUGUAUGUAUUUUCAGUUGAGGUUGCUUGUGCAGCCGAUGUAAGUGACAGUUUUUCCAAUUAAGCAAACAUAAUAAACUUGUUUGUUAUGAAA